CCAUGAAAGCCAUCAGCCCGGUGCGAUCCGUCCGGAGCUGCUACGAGGCCGUCUGCUGCCUCUCGGAGCAGAGCCUGGCCAUCGCCCGGGGGAGCAACAAUAAGAGCCCGGCCUUGGAGGAACCCAUGAACUUGCUUUACGAUAUGAACGAUUGCUAUUCCAAAUUGCGGGAGCUGGUGCCGGGCAUCCCGCAAGGCACCAAGGUGAGCCAGGUGGAGAUCCUCCAGCAUGUCAUCGACUACAUCUUCGAUCUCCAGAUCGUGCUGGAGGAGGGGGCCAAGGGCCGCGACCCCUCCUCCGAGGCCACCCUGCUCUCCCUUAAGGCGGCCGAGCUCGCCUCUGAACUCUGCUCCAAAGACGAGAGAAGUUUGUGUCACUAACGGCUCCUCCAUCAG